AUGGAAACUGUCGACGCAACGGCUCACCGCCGUGUCAUUGUCAUCACUGAAUUGACGCAAUAUGCUGGAAGGAAGCGUAGAUGUGAAUGCCCGUCCUGGAGGGCUGUGCUUCGUCUUGUAUGCUUGUCCGAGGUCGGUGUUCCAGAUUUGGCUCCAUGCGUGACUGGGACUAAACCAGGAUGCGUGCGACAGGAGGUGAGGCGGGAUGGUGCGGCGUCCCUCGAUUACCGGUAUGAGCAGGGCACAGCGUCGUUCGGGAACGCAUCCGUAGACGGCUUUUACUUGAUUGCAGUCCUCGCCGUUCGUUCUCUUCGCUACUCACAUCCAUUCAAUCAGCAUUUCAUCCUCAUCAGCAUGUCCGCCGAAGCAGGACCCAGCAACCUGGUCGAGGUCACCUCGCCAGAGCACUUUACCGAGAUCAUGCAGACCGACUUGACGCGUGUCUCGCUGCUCAACUUCCACGCUCCCUGGGCUGAGCCAUGUAAGCAGAUGAACGAAGUGGUCCGCGAGAUCGCUGUCAAGUACCCGCAAGUGCUCUGUCUCGAGAUCGAGGCCGAAUCGCUUCCCGACGUGUCCGAGUCAUUUGACAUUGAGGCGGUACCCUCGUUCGUCCUGCUUCGUGGACACACUCUUCUCUCACGAAUCAGUGGCGCCAACGCAUCUGCCCUCUCGGCAGCUGUUGCAACACACGCCGCACCGGCUCGAUCCAAUGGCACCGGCAGCGUUGCCAAGACCUCGGCUGCUCCGCGUGCGGCUUCAGACGUUUACGAUGCUUCUAGCGCCACACGCAACGGUACUGCCGCCUACGAAGACGACGAGGAUGAGGAGGAUGUGGUGCCAGAGACGGAAGAAGAGAUCUUUGCACGAUGCAAAAAGCUCAUGGAGCAGAGCAAGGUCAUGCUCUUCAUGAAGGGCGACCCGGAAACGCCUCGCUGCGGAUUCAGCCAAAAGACGGUCAACCUUCUGCGACAGGAAAAGGUUGAAUAUGGUCACUACGACAUUCUCAAGGACGAAAAUGUUCGACAGGGUCUCAAGAAGCUCAACGAGUGGCCCACUUUCCCGCAGAUCAUUGUGAAUGGCGAGCUCAUCGGCGGUCUCGACAUUCUCAAGGAGAGCAUCGAGAGCGGAGAAUUCCAGGAGAUGCUAGAGGGUUGA